CUGUCAAUCGAAGUGUCAAACUGAUAAUGAAUGAUGGGACCAUGCUUUAUUUAUUUUUUACAAUACCUUUUUUUCUAAAGUUUUAAUUCUUAAAUAUUAUAAUAAUAAAUAAUAAACACUCUCUCUCAAGAAUAGUAAUCUGUUUCUUAGUCUAUUUGCUCACGUUCCACUUGUUCUUAAGUUUUCUGUUAUCGUAGAAUGUAUAUAAUAUUAUAUUUUAGGAUAUCUCUUUAAUAAAUAAUAUAGCAAAAUGUUACUAACUGAGGAUAAAGAGGUCGAUAUAUUUGUUGGUAGUAAAAUAGGAUCAUUCAAACAUAUAAAAUAUCAUACAGACAUCUCAAAAAACAAUAAGAAAUGUAUAGAAAAUUUAGUUGAUAUAAAAUCAUUGCAAAAAGAUGAUUCACUCACAUGCAUGGUGUGGGGCAAUGAGGAACAGACAGAGAUACUGCUCGGCAGGAGGAAUCAACAGAUACAAGUAUAUAACACACAGCAAGACGAAUUCACCAAAUCAUACACAGCAGACUUCGGAGCUGGUCAUCCGGUCGGUCUCGGGCGCUACAAACGGAAGUACAUAGCGGCACUGUCCAGUGGGAUGGUGAAGAUAUGGAGCAAAAAGUCGGAGACUACAAUGGAUGCAGGGAAAAUGGAUCGCAUGAGGGUCUGUGGGGAUGAACCGGCGCUAUUUGCUACAGGUGGCGAGGAGAAUGACCUGAAAAUAUGGCAAAUAGGGGAAAAGGCACCUGUAUUUGCGGCCAAAAACCUUGCACACGAUUGGCUACAGUUGCGCAGGCCUGUCUGGGUAUCAGACCUGACCUUCUUACCUAACGAGGGAGGAAAACUCGUCGCUGUCUGCUCCAGGCAUGGAUAUGUUCGUUUGUACGACAGUCGUGCGCAGCGUCGGCCAGUAUGUAAUGUUGAUUUCAACGCAAUGGCUGCCGUGUGUAUUGCGCCUAGCUUUGACGAGCGAAACGUCCUAGUCGGUUUUGGACGUGGCCAGUUACACCAAGUGGACCUUCGCAAGGGACGACCAGACAAAGGGUUCAAGGGUGCAGUGGGGGCCAUCACAGAUGUCCUAACAGUGCCUGGAGAGAGACUCAUCAUCAGCUCCAGUCUUGACAGGCAUAUACGAAUACAUAGCUAUGAGAGCAAGGAACUGGUUUAUAAGCAAUACCUUACUUCCAAAUUAUCAGCCGUACUGGUACAAACCGCAACGUCAACUCCACUCAAGAAGGAGCCAGAAGUAAAAGAAGAGUUGAAAGAAGAGAAGGAAGAAGUAGAACUCAUUGAUGAUGAUCUGGACGAGUUGUUUGACAAUAUGGAGACAGUGGGUGAGAAACCGAAAAAGAAAAAGAUACAAUCGGAACAGACAGAAGCAAAGAAGCAGAAGUUGGAACCAGAAGAUGCGAUCAAGCAGCUUCUCAAAAGCACGGAGAAGCAAAAGCGGAAGCGAGAGCAGCGUAAACGAGAAAAGAAGGCGAAGAGCGUGUUUCACAAUGCUUAA